GUGAGUGGGGGGUGGGGGUCUCAGCCCCUCUUCGCCUCUCCUCGUCUGGAUUUUUUUUUUUGUGGGGAAGGGGCAGGAUGAGCUUGCAGAGUUUUACUGGAAUUUCUCCUUUUAUGAGGAGCUGCCGCUGCUGAAGCAGAUUUUUCCUUCCUUUCUUUUUUUGUCUGAUGCAGAAUCCCACUAGCUAGGCAGCCUCCCUCUUUUCUUUCCUUCCUUCCUUCUGCCCCUUCGGUAUGUAGGAGGGGGAGAGACAUAAAUGGAAAGGCUGAAAUACGCGUAGAUGGACUUCCAAAUGCAUUUUUUCUUGAAAGAGGAAGAUAAAUCCCAGUUGCCAGUGCACUGACUUUUUUUUGUUGCUGUUGCAUUGCUUGGUAAAAAUGGGGUUCGCUUACUCCAGCUAAAUCCUUGGAGCAUUUCAGAGAGUUGCUACAGUGAAGGACUUCUCGUAUUUUUUUGCAUCAGAGGAGCUACAUUGAUGUUAACCAUUUUUUUGUAAAAUGGAGAACGAAAUAUUCACACCCCUUUUGGAGCAGUUCAUGGCUAGCCCUCUUGUCACCUGGGUUAAGACAUUUGGACCGUUAGCUGGAGGAAACGGGACCAACCUGGAAGAAUAUGUGGCGCUAGUGGAUGGCGUGUUUCUGAACGAAGUCAUGCUGCAAAUUAAUCCAAAGUCUGCUAAUCAGAGGAUAAACAAAAAAGUAAACAAUGAUGCAUCAUUAAGGAUUCAAAAUUUGUCUAUUUUGGUGAAACAAAUAAAAACUUACUAUCAGGAGAAUUUGCAGCAGUUGAUCAUGAUGUCUUUGCCAAAUGUAUUAAUAAUUGGCAAAAAUCCUUUUUCUGAGACAGGUACUGAAGAAAUAAAAAAACUCCUCCUGCUUUUACUUGGUUGUGCGGUUCAGUGUCAGAAAAAAGAAGAAUUUAUUGAAAGAAUCCAAGGUCUGGAUUUUGACACUAGAGCAGCUGUUGCAGCCCAUAUUCAAGAGGUAACUCAUAAUCAGGAGAAUGUGUUUGAUCUGCAGUGGAUGGAUGUCAUUGUAUUGACACAAGAAUAUGUUGAACCUCUCUUGAAGAAUAUGGCAUUACAUUUAAAAAGACUUAUAGAUGAAAGGGAUGAGCACUCAGAGACUAUCGUAGAACUCUCAGAAGAACGGGACUGUCUCCGUUUUCUACCUCACGCAUCGGCGGCACAAUCACCUUGUGGAUCUCCUGGCAUGAAACGCACUGAAAGCAGACAGCACCUGUCAGUAGAGCUAGCAGAUGCCAAAGCAAAGAUAAGAAGGCUUAGGCAAGAGCUUGAGGAAAAGACUGAGCAGUUGCUUGACUGUAAACAAGAACUUGAACAGAUGGAAGCUGAACUGAAGAGACUUCAGCAAGAGAAUAUGAAUUUACUCUCAGAUGCCCGUUCUGCCAGAGUGUACAGAGAUGAAUUAGAUGCCCUUCGUGAGAAGGCAAUUCGAGUUGACAAGCUUGAAAGUGAAGUCAGCCGGUAUAAAGAGAGGCUGCAUGAUAUUGAAUUCUACAAAGCUAGAGUGGAGGAGUUAAAGGAAGACAAUCAAGUGUUGCUAGAAACAAAGACAAUGUUGGAAGAUCAAUUAGAGGGGACCAGAGCCCGUUCUGAUAAAUUACAUGAGUUAGAAAAAGAGAAUCUACAAUUAAAAGCUAAAUUACAUGAUAUGGAGAUGGAGCGUGAUAUGGACAGAAAGAAGAUUGAGGAACUCAUGGAGGAAAAUAUGACUCUAGAAAUGGCUCAGAAACAAAGUAUGGAUGAAUCAUUGCAUCUUGGCUGGGAACUUGAACAGAUGAAUAGGACUACUGAACUUUCUGAAGUGCCACAGAAAUCACUUGGUCAUGAGGUAAAUGAACUGACAUCAAGCAGAUUACUGAAGUUGGAAAUGGAAAACCAAAGUUUACUGAAGACAGUGGAAGAACUACAAAGUGCAGUGGGUUCUGCAGAAGGCAGUACUUCAAGAAUUCUGAAAACAGAAAAAGAAAACCAAAGACUUAGCAAAAAGCUUGAAGAGCUAGAGAAUGAAAUUAGCCAAGAGAAACAAAGUCUUCAGAACAGUCAAAAUUUGAGUAAAGAUUUGAUGAAAGAAAAAGCACAGCUUGAAAAGACACUUGAAGCACUUCGAGAAAACUCAGAGCGACAAAUUAAGCUAUUAGAACAAGAAAAUGAACAUUUGAAUCAAACUGUAGCUUCUCUAAGACAACGCUCACAAAUCAGUGCUGAAGCGAGAAUGAAAGAAAUUGAAAAAGAAAAUAAAAUCCUUCAUGAGUCUAUUAAAGAGACCAGCAGUAAGUUAAAUAAGAUUGAAUUUGAAAAAAGACAAGUCAGGAAAGAACUGGAACACUAUAAAGAGAAAGGGGAGAGAGCAGAAGAACUUGAGAAUGAGCUGCAUCAUCUGGAGAAGGAAAACGAAUUAUUACAGAAAAAAAUUACUAACUUAAAAAUCACUUGUGAGAAGAUAGAGGCCUUAGAACAAGAAAACUCAGACCUGGAAAUGGAAAACAGAAAACUGAAAAAAACUUUGGAUAGCCUAAAAAAUCUCACUUUUCAAUUAGAAUCCUUAGAAAAGGAAAAUUCCCAACUUGAUGAAGAAAAUUUAGAAUUAAGAAGAACAAUUGAAUCCUUGAAGUGUACAAGCAUUAAAGUAGCGCAGUUACAAUUAGAAAAUAAGGAACUGGAGAGUGAAAAGGAGCAACUUAAAAAAAGCCUUGAACUCAUGAAAGCCUCAUUUAAGAAAACUGAACGCUUGGAAGUCAGCUACCAAGGCCUAGACACAGAAAACCAAAGGCUACAGAAAGCCCUUGAAAACAGCAAUAAGAAGAUUCAGCAAUUAGAAAGUGAAUUACAAGACUUAGAGUCUGAAAAUCAGACUCUGCAAAAGAACUUAGAAGAGUUAAAAAUCUCUAGUAAGCGCCUAGAGCAAUUGGAAAAGGAGAAUAAGUUGUUAGAGCAAGAGACUUCUCAACUGGAAAAAGAUAAGAAACAGCUAGAAAAAGAAAACAAAAGGCUUCGACAACAAGCAGAAAUUAAAGAAAGCACUUUAGAAGAAAACAAUGUAAAAAUUAGUAAUCUGGAAAAGGAAAAUAAAUCUUUAUUUAAAGAAAUAGUUGUAUAUAAAGAGUCAUGUGUACGCCUGAAAGAACUAGAAAAAGAAAAUAAAGAACUUGUGAAAAGAGCUACCAUUGAUAAGAAAACCCUUGUCACUUUACGAGAGGACUUGGUGAAUGAAAAAUUGAAGACCCAACAAAUGAACAACGAUCUAGAAAAACUUGCCCAUGAACUUGAAAAAAUAGGCUUAAACAAGGAGCGUCUCUUGCAUGAUGAGCAGAGCAGUGAUGACAGUAGGUACAAGCUUUUGGAGUCAAAAUUAGAAUCCACACUUAAGAAGUCUCUUGAAAUAAAAGAAGAAAAAAUUGCUGCUCUGGAGGCUCGUUUAGAAGAAUCAACAAAUUUAAACCAGCAACUCCGUCAGGAACUUAAAACAGUGAAAAAGAACUAUGAAGCUCUCAAGCAAAGACAAGAAGAGGAAAGGAUGGUUCAGAAUUCUCCUCCAAGAAGUGGAGAAGAAAAUCAAUCUGUCAAUAAGUGGGAGAAAGAAAAUCAAGAAACUACUAGAGAAUUAUUGAAAGUUAAAGAUCGAUUAAUUGAAGUGGAAAGGAAUAAUGCUACACUGCAGGCAGAGAAGCAAGCACUGAAGACACAAUUAAAGCAACUUGAGACACAGAACAGCAAUCUGCAGGCUCAGAUUCUUGCACUUCAGAGGCAGACUGUUUCUCUACAGGAACAAAAUACAACUCUACAAACUCAAAAUGCCAAGCUGCAGGUUGAAAAUUCCACCCUUAAUUCUCAAAGCACAUCUCUUAUGAAUCAGAAUGCACAGCUGUUGAUCCAGCAGUCUGCUUUAGAAAACGAAAACGAAUGUGUGCUCAAGGAACGUGAGGAUCUGAAAUCAUUGUAUGAUUCGCUUCUGAAAGAUCAUGAAAAGCUGGAACACCUGCAUGAACGCCAAGCUUCUGAGUAUGAAUCUCUGAUUGCUAAACAUGGAAGUCUUAAAUCUGCACACAAAAAUCUGGAGGUGGAGCAUAAGGACUUAGAAGAUAGGUACAAUCAGUUGCUGAAACAGAAAGUACAGCUGGAAGAAUUGGAGAAAGUACUCAAGAUAGAACAGGAGAAAAUGCUGCAGCAAAAUGAAAAACACAAAACUGUAGCAGCAGAGUAUAAAAAACUUCGUGAUGAAAAUGAAAGGCUUACUCAUACAUACAGUCAGCUCUUGAGAGAGAAUGAAGUUCUCCAAACUGAUCAUAAGAAUUUGAAAACAUUAUUGAACAAUUCCAAACUAGAACAAACACGAUUAGAAGCUGAGUUUUCUAAACUCAAAGAACAGUACCAACAACUGGAUAUUACAUCGACAAAACUAAAUAAUCAGUGUGAGCUGCUUAGCCAGCUUAAAGGAAAUCUGGAGGAGGAAAACAGACAUCUACUAGAUCAAAUUCAGACAUUAAUGCUACAGAAUAGAACAUUACUUGAGCAGAAUAUGGAAAGCAAGGAUCUCUUCCAUGUAGAGCAAAGGCAGUACAUUGACAAGCUAAAUGAAUUAAGGCGACAGAAGGAGAAAUUGGAGGAGAAGAUAAUGGAUCAGUAUAAAUUUUAUGAACCAUCUCCGCCAAGAAGAAGGGGCAACUGGAUUACUCUGAAAAUGAGGAAGUUGAUAAAAUCUAAGAAGGAUGUUAAUCGAGAACGUUUGAAGUCCGUGACCCUUACACCUACCCGUUCAGAAUCCAGUGAAGGAUUUCUUCAGCUGCCCCACCAGGACAGUCAGGAUAGUUCCUCUGUGGGCUCGAACUCUCUUGAAGAUGGCCAGACCUUGGGGACCAAAAAGAGUAGUAUGGUUGCACUGAAAAGACUGCCCUUUUUGAGGAACAGACCGAAGGAAAAAGACAAAAUGAAGGCCUUCUACCGUCGCUCCAUGUCCAUGAAUGACCUGGUGCAGUCCAUGGUCCUAGCAGGAGGACAAUGGACAGGUAGUUCUGAGCAUCUGGAGGGUCCCGAUGAUAUAUCUACGGGUAAAAGGAGGAAAGAAUUGGGAGCUAUGGCCUUCUCUACUACAGCCAUCAACUUUGCAACUGUCAACUCUUCUACAGGCUUCAGAUCCAAGCAGUUGCUAAAUAAUAAAGAUACUACAUCCUUUGAAGAUGUAAGCCCACAAGGUAUUAGUGAUGAUUCUAGUACAGGAUCAAGAGUUCAUGGAGUACAGGACAUUAUCUGUGCAGAUGCUCUUGCUCCUCCUGUUCGUGGCAUUUCAACAAUGUGCAAGGUUCCUUGUCAAAUCUGUUCUUCCAGACCAGCCAGCCUUGAUAGUGGCAGAACAUCCACUAGCAAUAGCAAUAACAAUGCUUCAAUCCAUGAAGUCAAAGCAGGUGCAGUUAACAAUCAAAGCAGGCCUCAAAGUCACAGCAGCGGAGAAUUUAGUCUGCUACAUGAACAUGAGGCUUGGUCUAGCAGCAGCAGCAGUCCUAUUCAGUAUUUGAAAGGUCAUACAAGGUCUAGUCCUGUGCUCCAGCAAAGAACGCCUGAAACACUGGAUAGUCAUGGAAAACAGAUCAAAACCGGUUCUCCUGGAAGUGAAGUUGUUACCCUGCAACAGUUUUUAGAAGAAAGCAACAAGAGUACCUCAAGCGAGAUGAAAUGUAUGAGUGAAGAGAAUCUUUUAGAUGAAGUCAUGAAAAGCUUAUCUGAAUCUGCGGAGCUGACAGGAAAGGAAAAGCUGAGAAAACAGCCGUCUGCCGGUUGUGGUAUUGUGAGAUCAUUAAGUGUAAAAAAUACAGUUGAUUUCUCAGAUGGACGAUCCAUUAAACCAGAACAGCUUGUAAGGCCUAGCCUUCGUAAAACUGAAGAUAUCUACUUCACUAGCUCCCCUAUAAAAUUUACAUCAGGCGCUCAAGGAAAGGCCAAAUCAGUUAAAGAAAAGAUACAAGCAACUGUAUCACAGCGACAAUCAAGAGAUUGCAAUCCUUAUGCUACCUUACCUCGCGCAAGCAGCGUGAUUUCUACGGCAGAAGGAACUACUCGAAGGACAAGCAUUCACGAUUUUUUGUCUAAGGACAGUAGGCAACCUGUAUCAGUUGAUCCAGCACCAUCCACCGCUGACAGAAGUGUUCCAUCAACCUCCAAUGUGGAAGCUAUCCCAGAAAGCAGAAAUUCAAAAAGCAGGUCUAGGGAGCAACAAAGCUCCUAAUUCUAUUACCCACUACAUGAGAUGUGGGCCAAGUGAGAGAAAAGUGUCCUUCAGUAUCUCAGUAUGAAGCCUUUAUAUCUGAAGUAACAAGACAGCGACUGUAGGAAUCAUUAAUAAAAAUUAAGGGAAUUUUUUACAUUCUUCGUGACUAGAGCAGGCAAGAAAUAAAACCUACCUACCUACCUUCCUUCCUUCCUUGAAUCAAGGAGCUCUACUGGAGUCUACUGCCGAAAAUUUGUAGAUGGUCUUAGGAAUUAUUGCACAUUGCACUGUUAAGAUCUACUGAAUAAAGGACAGUUCUCAUCUCCCUAAGGACCAAGAAUUUUAAGGUCUCAAGAAUUACUCCAGGGGAAAAAAAAUACUUCUUUCAUCUUCUGUUUAUGAAAUUAGCCACUGAUUUGCUUAAGCUUCUGCUAAUAAUUAGCCAAAAAACCCAAUAACUAGCAGUUUAUACUUACUUCUGUAAAUCUAAAAUAAAUGCUGUAGUAUUUUGUUGAAAUUGACUGUAUAUACAGAUACAAAAACCUCACAGCUUGCUGGCACUUCACUGCCUUAUUUGGUUAGCAUAAUCUGCAUGAAAUUGCUCUUUAAAAAGUUUAUGCUGAUUUUUGUUGCAUAGUGCAAGAGAAAAAUUUGUUUACAUACAUGGAAAAGUUCGAUAACUAACAGAAGUGGGAGUCAUGGGAUUAUCGUAUUACAUAGAAAUUGUUUGUCAUUUGUGUUUUUCACAUUCCCAAGUUAUUCUGCAUAUAUAUGUUCAGAUGUUUCUGACAGGAAAUUGUCAGGUAUGAUUUUUCUAUAACUUUUAUUUUAAUAUAAGGCUGUUUUCAACAAAUGGCGCUUCCAGGAUAAGACUGUCUUACAAUGUUUGUGUAUUGACUAAUUUUUUUUAUUGUUUGUCUUUUGACAUGAGCUGACGGUGGCUUAGGAGGUUUCUUGAUGGCAAAACGAAAUGUAAAUAAUAUCAUAUGCAUUUUACAAUCAGUUCCCCUUAAGGUUAUCUUUUACUAGUAAGAUACAUUUUAUUCAUUACUGAUUUAUAUUAAAGUCAACAAAUGUUAUUGGUACAUUCAAUGGUUGCAUACAGUUGUUGUCUUGAAAGCAUUUGCAGAGAGCUCGAAGGAAGUGUACAUGAACUUCUAAGCAGAUCCAAAAUGAGUUACCAUUAUUACAUUUUAUUACAAAGCAGUAAGCACAUUCAUAUUCCUGUUCUAAAGGGUUAAGUUAACGGUGUAACCUCCUAGUGUCCUGUCUUCCAACAGGCCUGUACAUAACUUCACCUACAGCUGUCCCCAUUCACAUAAGUAAAGGUAAGCGUGACAUUACUUGCAGAAGUAGGGUUGCAGACUACCUGUAAAUUGAUCGCGCUGCUGCUUAGACUCUGUGGUAGAGCCACCACAACUUCAGCUUCAUAAAAGCUUGAUUCUUGAGGCUUACAGGUUUUAUCAUUUGUGAAGUCUCAAGCCAUCAGGAGAGCUGGAACAGAAUCAUCUUUCACUGGAGAGAGAAUGCGGUUCAGCAGAUUCAAAAGCCUACUGGCAAGUCAUUUUUUUAUUUCCCUGAAAGUUUGUCAAAAAGGGGAAAAAAUAAGAAAGUUCAAUAAGCUUUAGAAGGGGAAAUUUUCUGUGGUUUUUUUUUUCUUAAAGUGACUUCCUUCUGAAAUACUUUUUAUGAUAAAAUGUGCUAAAAGAUCUAGAUCUAAACAGAAUAUUUUGGUUUUACAAUAUAAAUACUUGGUUCAGCCUGGGAUUGUUUUCACAGAGACUUUAAACAUUUUUUGUUUUUUCUCUUAAGUGAAAAUAGGACCAAUUUUGCAGCUUUCCAACAUCCAGAAUUUCCAUUCUUCCUCUGAAGACGUUUCUGGUAUUUCAUUAAAAUCAUUGGUUUAUUUUCAUUACCAACUCACACUAGCAUCCGUUUCUGGUCCCUUAGUGUCAAGAUUUUCACUGAUUUCAGUGGAAGCAAAACUCACCAUGCAGAGCAUUAACAUACAUUAGCAAUCCCAGGCAUGUUCUGAAGCCCAAAGCACUCCUGAAAUGCAGCUCCGCAAUAGUUUUGUAGGCAGCCAGAGCUCAGUUUGCAUUUGGAAUAAUUUCCCAUGUUGUAACUGACACUGUGAUGUUUUUGAGAAGGAUUCAGGGCAUUCCAAGCCAUGCAAUGACAGCUACGAGAUGUCACCAGAGGGGUGGGUGGGAUGGAUGGCAGUGGCUGGAAGACGUGCAGUAUGUCAGGGCCUGUAUACCUGUACACAGGUAAUCUGUGUGUUCCCAUACGCACUCAAAGCUCAGGGCACAGCUGAGUUUCUGCCCCAAUACCAAGCGGGACAGACAGAGCCCUGGUGUGCCUGGGAGGAAGAGUACUCUAAGUACAGUAAGAAUCUGGUGUCAAGCCUGGUUUCUGUGCCAUUCCUGUACUGCAGCAUAGGCAGAGCCAUAGAGACUGAAGGAAGAGUUGCCUUUAUAGAAUUUCAUAGGCAAAGAUAGGAAAUCUGGGAUGCUGGUAGCCAUUACCAAAGGCAUAGCUGUUAUGAGAGAGAAUUGAAAUACCAUAAAUGUUAGGAAAGUAUCUCCGAUUCUAAAUUACAGUAUUUUCAAGCUCCUUUCAGGGUCUGAUUGGGACGGGAUUCUCUGAGCUCUCUUGACAACAGAGGACUGAUGCAUUUCGAACUAUUGAACUCUAACCGUUCGGUAGCGUUACUAUUUUUAGAAGAACAUGUGUGUCUUGAAUUAACAGAUUCAAACUGUAGUGCCAAAAGCUGUCUGUAUUCACAGAAUCUGAACCAUUGUGUGUGUGUGUAGGUAGAUUCUCCGAGACCCUGGGAAUUAGGCAAGAGUGGCAUGGCAUAUUGCCACGACUGCACGGCACGUGCUUCUCUAUGAGGAGCGUUGCUGGACACUCAUAAUCUGCCCUCACUGCACGUGGCUGUGUCUUUUUUUUUGUCACAUGGGCAUCUCCUGACGUUUCAUUUAUUAGCUCAGCUCUCUUCUGUAUUCAUUAAGUUGUCCAAGAUUACCCAUCACAACUUCUACGCUUGUUUUUUGCAUAUUAUUACACCUUCUUAAAGCAUUCGUGCAAUCACAGCCAGGGUGUAGUCACAAACUUUGCAAUUAGUAUUUGACUGAUAAUGUGUAUUAGAAAUGAACCCCCCCUCAUCCAAAAACCUCUGCAAAGUUUCCUUGUACAAGAGAAUCGGCAAGAGUUUGGGGGCAGAUUUCAUCCUGCUGGGGCAGAGGCUAGCGCAGGACAGGUUUGUGUGCCAGAGUCCUGGCUAGUGCCUGUCUGUGCCAUUGUAAGCAGGUUUCAACCCACUUUGUAUUGGUACAGAGGCCAGAGUGGGAUUUUGGGUUGUAUUUGCUAAAUUAGCCAAAAGCAGCACUGGGGAUACGUUUGCAUUUAAGAGAUCAGAAUCCACUUCUCCCAGCACUUUGUUUUGCAAAGAAGUUUCAGAGCAGAAGAGCAGUCAGGAGGUUCACCGUGCUCUGAUGAUUUUUAAAUUAUUUUCUUUUUUCUUUCUUGAUCUUUCCAGUCUGUGCCCUUAAAAUUAAAAUAAAAUAAAAAUGGAAAUUUAAUUUGGGAGCCGCUUCAGAUUUUCUGAAACACGAACUCCCAGGGGAAGAACAUGGCACCUAUUGGACAGCAUACAAGAGUACACACACAGCGUUUUACCACUAGAGUUGCCAAAUCUGUCACUGCUAGUUCAAGAUUACAAAAGAGGUUGUAGUAAUUUUUAUUUACUUUUCUGAUAGUCUGCUGAGGAUUUAGUUAACAUUCCCAACACGUAUUAUUUCUAAACUUUUUCCAAGACAUGAUGCAGCCUCAACAAAGGAGCUCAUGUAUGAUUUUUAGAGUUAGAUGAUAAUGUAUAUGUAAAUAAUGCUUUGAUAUUAAUAAAACUGCCUUAAAGGAAUGUACCUAGGUGUGAAACAAAACUUUAAAAGCUCUUAUUUAAAACUGUAAUUUCCUUUACGUAUUGAUUUUUUUUAAUGUUUGCCAUUGUAUACAUUUAUUAAUGAUGUUAUUAAAAUGCCAAACCAAAAAAUUUUUAUUCUUAUUUUGUGUGUACAUUUAUACACACUUUUUCUGGAAACUGAUGUUACUGGAAGGAUAUUGGUGUUAAGUAAUGGCGCUGUGGUCAGUUGGUGAUGUGUUCAGUGAGUAUUUCUUCCGGAAGGAAACCGGUAAAACUAGCGGAAUUUUUCUGGAUGGUGUGUAGUUUGUCUCGUGUUGUUUACUUGUGUAGACCUGUGUAGCUUUUAACUAUAGACUAUUUUGAUAGUAUUUAAAAAAAAAAAAAAGACACUAAUUUCAUAAGUAAAUACAAAAAUAAAUCCUUAUAGAUUUGCCAAGUGUAGUAUUUGAAACUUCGAUUUUGCUUGGUCAUUAUUUUUGCUGAGACAAGUCUCAGAAUCUCUUCUGAGGACAAAGGUAGUUAAAUUCUAGGUAGUACAGACUUUAAGAUUUGUGAAGUACAGUAAACUGCUAUUGUGCACAUGUCUUUAGAACAGUUUCUCACACUUAAGCUUUCUGGAUUUAAAAACCUUGACAAGUCAAAUUUAGUAUUCUUUUUUAAGUGGUAAAGAAUUUUGGGGUACUACAAAGAAGAAACCUUAAAGGGCCAGGAGAGUGAGUGGCAGGCAGAGGGUAAGAUAAAUUUUACUUUUAAAGACACAUAAGACUGUAUCUUAAUAUCUAGCUAAUUUAGUAACACAUUUGUUGGUCCAGAGUUCAUUAACCAAUCCAAUAUUCCCAAAUACCAGAUGUCCCUUUCAGUCUUUUGUUUGAUAGCAAAUAUAAAAUCACAUGUGUCUGGACAUCUUUCUAGUGACUCUUCUAUAGCUUCAGCAUUCUUAGGUCACUUCUUUCUCAUUUGAGAUGACUGCCAUGAUAGAUGGGGCUGGUUUGUGUCUUUCUAAGGUGGAAGGGAGAAUUUAAACUGCUGUGUCAUGAAGUAUUCUGUCGUUAAGUUCACACCUCUGAGAACAGGUGCCAAAUCCUUCAGAAAUUAAGGAAACCAUGGUAAGGAUGUUGAAGUAACUUGCCUUGCCCUAGAAGAUGCUUUUUCUUACUCGGUUAAUGGUAGUUAUUCAUUCUAUAGAAUUAAAGAUUUCACUUUCUUACAGGGGGGGAAAAACAAUCCAACACACAAAUGUUGAUGUUCUCAUAGAACUGUCUUGGCCAUCUAGAAUGAGACCGAGUCAGAUGGGCUGAUUUUUGCCUUGUGUUUCUUUUGAAGUGUUUCCCUUUGUUGUUGUUAGUAUUGCAUCCUUUAGCGUGAUGCAGUAGCAAAUAGUCAUCCAAGAUCGCAAGUCCUUUUACGUGUGUUUUCUUCACUCUUCUGUAUUCUUUAUUUCUGUUCUGUCUCAACUUGUGUUCACACUACUGCUUGCCUUUAGGUGUGGCUUGUAUGUGACAUUUUUGUUAGGCUGUGCUCAAAAGCCCUUUUCCCCCCCAUCAUCUUCAGAUUUUGCCCCUGGCGUUCACUACUCCCCUGUCUUUGGGUUUUGUGUGGGUACUCAUUGCUACAGUGUGUUUAUGGGACUUUAAGGAGUUUCUGCUGCUUCUGUCUUCAACACAUGAUCUGUCUGAAGGGCAUUUUAUUCAUUUAGGUGGGAGAGAGGAGGAGAAAGGAUUAGAUUAGAACUUUAAUGUUGAGAAUGUACUGGUCUUGUUCUUGUGACAGUAGAUACUCUUCCAUACUAAAUAUAUAUCAUCUAGUGAAAGGCAAAUCAGCCUCCCCUCAGCCUCUUAAACGCACGGAUGUUUGUACAUGCAGUCCCCUUCUCCUGAAGGGAAAAGCUCAAGUAGAGCUACUUGCUGUACCAUUCUUCCCACUCCUGUAGGUGCUGGUUAAGGGUACGGUGGAGCAGAGAAGAUGCAUGUCCUCCAUGGGUUUGUGAAUCUGUAGAAAAGGCGCACAAAAAUUAAUACAGUUCUGGGUUGUAUUGGCUUUCCUCCCAGGUGUCACCAGGAUAAUGCUCCACCUGGUCAGGAACCCCCAGUAAUGUUCCUCCUUGGAGCACUCCCGCCAGGAGGCAGGCUGGUCGUGGGUCACACCCCCACCCCUGCCUGCUGUCGGGGGGCUCCCUCCUGUUCUGCCGUUUCUGGAGAGGCACGAGAAAGGGGUGAGGCACGUGCCUGUCUUCAUGGGGCGAUCACCAGAAGACUUCAUCAUUUCCCAAGGGGAGGAUGCUGUGAAAAUGCAACUAAAAACAUAGACAAAUGCGUUUUCUGUAGUGUAGGUGAGUUGUUUUUUAUUAGGUAAAAAUAAUAAAAAGCAACAUGUAGUAGCGGAUAAAUGGGUACAGGUACACAAUUGAGACAUCUCCAUCCUGUGUGUACUGACAAGUAUUUUAGAACUUUUAAGUUAUUUGUUACUUCCUAAUGAUGUUAAGUUUAAACCUUCAAGGCCAGUACCAGGCACGGAAAGUUCCAGUUUUAACCGUUUUAUCAAUAAAGAGUGUAACAUUAUUUAAAUAACACCUUCUCUACUUACUGGUUACUUAGUGGUAGAUUGCAAACAUGUCUUUUUAGGAGUAUUCUGUUAAACUUCUAACAACCUGAAGACAGUAUUUUUUCUCACCAGAUUAUACAAUAUAAACUUAUACAAUUGAAAAAAUAAAAAAGGAGUAAGCCUGGGGUUUUUUUCAGAUUUUAUUUGUAAUGAGACUUUCAUCAGUUUUGCUCUACAAAAUCUAUGCCUAGUAUUAGAAAAGUGAGCUUCAUCUACUUCGUAUCUUCAUCAAACUGUAUGAUGAUGGGAUCAUGGCCUGUCGAUCUCACAAACUUCAAAAAGUCGUUGGGGCUUAAGCCCAUGGUUGCAGAAUUUGUCAUUGGAUGGAAAUACACCUUUUCAUGGCUGCCCUCCAGAAAGCCAGCAUCCAGCACAAACCUCACGUCUCCCUGGUCACGGAAGAGGGCUAGAGGUGUUGCACAGCCCUGGCCCACUUUCAGCUUUUCCAGCAUGGCGUUUUCAUCAGCAAAUCUUAGCUUUCCACUUCCAACACCCAGUUUUUUAGCAAGAUCGUUUAAAUUGACUUGCCUGUUGUGCAGAAGAGUCACCAGCCAGAACCCUUUAUUCUUUUUAAGAAAAAGGUUUUUACUGUGACCUCCCUUCAUGUGUUGGACAUGGGGCAUCAUUUCUUCAAACAGUGAACACCUGGAAAAUACAAUCGGUAUUGUGUGAGACUCUGUAUCCCGUAAGACUUUUAGUUGCGUACUGGCAGAUAUCUUUUGUUAAAUACUUAGAAAAUACUGAAUGUUAUACUCAGCCUAAAAGCUGUACCCUUUUAUGAAGAAAUUUUAAAAACAUGAAUAAAAUGUGACAUACUGUUCCUGCA